AUGUCAGCACCGCAAUCCGUGCAGUGCUUCGGCAAGAAAAAGACGGCGACGGCCGUUGCGCUUUGCAAGCAGGGCAAGGGAUUGAUCAAGGUCAAUGGAAAGCCGCUGUCCCUCGUGCAGCCGCAGAUCCUCCGAUUCAAGGUCUACGAGCCGGUUCUGAUCCUCGGCGCGGACAAGUUCGCCGAUGUCGACAUCAGAGUCCGAGUCCGUGGCGGUGGUCACACUUCCCAGAUCUACGCCAUCCGUCAAGCCAUUUCGAAGAGCAUCAUCGCCUACUACCAGAAAUACAUUGACGAGCACAGCAAGAACCAGCUGAAGCAAGUCCUCGUGGCCUACGACCGAACCCUCCUCGUGGCAGACAACAGACGGUGCGAGCCGAAGAAGUUCGGUGGUCCCGGUGCUCGCGCGCGGUACCAGAAAUCCUACAGAUAA